GUUUCCUUGAGGUGACGUUUGCUAUUAUUGUCUGUAAGGUGUGUUAACGGCAUUAUAAACGUCGUCAUAUUUCUAAAAUUUUAAAUACUGUUUUUUUUCAUGCGAAAUAUCAUUAUCGAAAUAAAUAAAACAAUACGUAGCAUCAAUUUUACCAAGCAAAAGAAUAUUAAUUUAAGUAUUUUGAAUCAGAGUCUUCUUAAACAAAAUGGGCCUAACAAUUAGUAGCCUACUUACUCGGCUUUUUGGUAAAAAGCAAAUGAGAAUAUUAAUGGUGGGUCUGGAUGCUGCUGGAAAAACUACUAUAUUAUAUAAACUAAAACUUGGUGAAAUUGUCACAACAAUACCUACAAUUGGUUUCAAUGUUGAAACUGUUGAAUACAGGAAUAUAUGUUUUACGGUAUGGGAUGUUGGUGGUCAAGAUAAAAUCAGACCACUUUGGAGACAUUAUUUCCAAAAUACACAAGGUCUCAUCUAUGUUGUUGAUAGUAAUGAUCGGGAACGUAUUGGAGAGGCAGAACGUGAAUUAGCAAACAUGUUAAAAGAAGAUGAAUUAAGGGAUGCAGUUCUUUUAGUUUUUGCUAAUAAACAAGACUUACCAAAUGCCAUGUCUGCAGCAGAACUUACAGAUAAAUUAGGAUUGAAUUCUUUACGUGGACGUCAUUGGUAUAUUCAAAGUACUUGUGCUACUCAAGGACAUGGACUCUAUGAAGGACUUGAUUGGUUGAGUAAUGAACUAGCUAAAAAGUGAUAAAAAUACUGUAUCCAUAAUCUUCAUGAACAAUUUAUUCAUUGAGCAUGGACGUAGAAGACAUGUUGCAAUUUCCAUUUUGUCAGAUUACGCACUAUGUGUACGAUUUAAUACCACUGUGAUUGUAAUUUUUAAGAGGAAAACUACUUGAAAUAAUAGAAAUAUAACUUGACUGUCUCAGUGUUAAAAAUUGACUGAGUCAGUGUUGAAUGCUAAAGCAAGUUUUAUUUUCAAAAUGAAAUUUUAUUUUAAAAAAAAGCUGUAAAAUAGAUGAGUGCAUAAAUUUAUCAGUUAUAUAUCUGUUUGCUAAUCAAUAGAAGAUAUUGUGAGUUUAUUUAAAAAGUGUAUCCUGAAUUUAUAAUAAAUAUAAAAUAUUUCUACAUUAAUUUUAAUAUACAUAUUUUUAUUUGAAAAGAAUAUAUAUUAUUUGUUUAAUAAAUUAUCAUUAUUUCUUCACUAUAAAAAAAA